GCCUGCACUGAGAGGCAGGCUCCCUCUCUGCGGCUGUGAGGCUACUCAGAGCCUCCAAUAAAUCAGCGUGCAGGCACUGAGAGCUCUGUCCUUGAAGGGAUGCACAGUGACCUUGCUUGUGCUUACUCUGGAGGAAUAGGGGAAACAGAGGAGCCCAAAUAGUGAGCGGUGUGUGACUGAAGGCUCUGCAUUCUGCAUGCAAAUGCCACAGCAGCACCGGAGCCCCGGCACAGACGGCACGCUGCUACACAGAAUGCAGCUUUCCUGACCAGACUGCUGCUACUGCUGUGUUUCUUUCUUUUUUUUUCUUUUUCUUUUUUUUUUUUUUUUUUUCCCCCUUUCCUUUUAUUUUUUUUUCUCUUCCUGCAGGGUUCUGAAUGAAAUCCUCAUGAUUGUUGCAUGCUUGCUCAAUAAUAGCACGCCCCAGUCACGUCUCCUUGCGAGCACAUUUGGUCGGAAUCACUGAGCAGAAGCAGAGAAGAGCUGACGACUAUGUGCUUCCAACGCAGGUUGCCGGAGCCCCGUGUUUGCCAUUGGCUGCAGUUUUCUGGUUUGUGUGCAGCUUCCCCCAUCUGGAAUAUGAAAAUGGGAUUGAAGUAGAUAAUUGCUAGCAGCGGGUUUUCAAGAGAGGCUUAGAGGGAACAGAAUGCCUCUCACACAGCACAGGCUGCCUGCGCUGAGAGAGCUCUGAGAGAUGAUUUUAGAUGUUACCCACGUCUGAAUCUCCUGGAAACUUUACCAUGGAAGCAAGCCAUUGCGCACAGUCCUGGAGCUAACAUCCAAAAGGGGCAAGGAAGGGGCAGCAGGGCCAGACAAUGGGAUACCUUGUCCUUGGACUGGUCACAAAUAAGCCAGCAGGCAUUCCCCUCUGCUCCCCAGCAAAAAGGGCAUGAAGGUGGCGAUGAACUGAAUUUUACCCAGUGAAGCUUCAGUGGCUUUUAAGAAGGAUGGGAUACACUGACCCUUCGUCAAGCCGGGAUUUGCUGGGAAACAGAACUUUGUUCUUCAUCUUCAUCUGCGCCUUUGCCGUGGUCACCUUGCUGCAGCAGAUCCUCUACGGAAGAAACUAUCUCAAGAGAGGGCUGCAGUUUAGCUGGCAGAAUGGAGAGGAAUUGGCAAAUUGGACCGGCACCUUUAAUUUCACGGAUGACGGAGCAGUGAAGAGUGGCAGUGACACAGGCACCAGGUAUUUUGAGUUUUAUGAAGGGCCUUUGGAAUACAACUCCACGAAAUGCCUGGAAUUAAGGCAGGACAUCAUUGAGGUGAAGGUCUUGUCUAUGGUGAAACAAACUGAAUUGUUUGACAGAUGGAAGAGCCUACAGAUGUGCAAAUGGGAGAUGAAUGUCACAGAAGCCAAUUUAUUCAAGUCUACUCUGUCGAGGUGUUGCAACGCCCCAUCCUUUCUGUUCACCACCCAGAAAAAUACUCCUUUGGGAACUAAACUGAAAUAUGAAGUGGACACGAGUGGAAUCUUUCAUAUCAACCAGGAAAUCUUCAAAAUGUUUCCAAAGGACAUGCCGUACCACCGCUCCCAGUUUAAGAGAUGUGCAGUGGUUGGGAAUGGAGGAAUUCUGAAGAACAGCAGAUGUGGCCGGGAGAUUGACAGUGCAGACUUCGUCUUUCGAUGCAAUUUGCCUCCUAUAUCUGAGAAAUACUUCAUGGACGUUGGGGUGAAGACAGAUGUCGUGACUGUCAAUCCCAGUAUAAUCACUGAGAGAUUCCACAAGCUGGAGAAGUGGAGGAAGCCCUUCUACGACGUGCUCCAGGUGUACGAGAACGCAUCCGUGCUGCUGCCGGCCUUCUACAACACGCGCAACACAGACGUGUCCAUCCGGGUCAAGUACGUCCUGGACGACUUCGAGUCCCAGCAGGCUGUUUAUUACUUCCACCCCCAGUAUCUCAUCAACGUCUCACGCUACUGGCUCGGCCAGGGCGUGCGGGCCAAGCGGGUCAGCACCGGGCUGAUCCUGGUGACUGCGGCCAUGGAGCUCUGCGAGGAGGUGCACCUCUUUGGCUUCUGGGCCUUCCCCAUGAACCCCUCAGGGAUUUUUAUAACUCACCACUACUACGACAACGUGAAGCCUCGCCCCGGCUUCCACGCCAUGCCCUCGGAAAUAUUCAAUUUCCUCCACAUGCACAGCAAGGGGAUCCUGCGGGUUCACACGGGGACCUGCAGCUGACAGGGACACUGAGAAAGCGUGGCAGGAGCUCGAUGGCCUGUGUAAGGUGUAGGAGGUUUUGUUACACCCCGAGAUUAUGCAAUAAUUGUUUGAUAUAAAUUUCCUCAAGGCAUUGAAUCCCAUAAGAUCUAGGAUACCAGCAUCUUUCCUGCUAGCAGAGUUGGGUCCAUAACAGUGUAGGAGAAGCAAAACUCCCGUGCCCCAGGGUACACGCUGUCCUAGAAAGCAAAUCAGAUUAGAAGCACAUUUACAAUACAUUUAGGGAUAAAUAGUGCACAUUAAUAUAUUUAUCAUUUCACUAUGGAGAAAAGCACUAAACUUUUGAGGAAAAAACAGUGGUGGAGGAUUUUAGCAUAGACUGUAUGACUUUACAUAGGUUUCUGAAUCGAGUACCUUGGGGUAUUGCCAGAUUUUAUUGAACACUCUGUUCUCUGGCCUUUAGGUUUUUGAAAAUACUCUUUAGCAUUAUAGCUUAAUGGGGAUAUAUAACUUAAAAUCUUUGUUCUGUAACGUCACAAAGUGUUGAUCAAAAAUAGCAGAUAGAUGCGUUAGGAAUAAACAAAAUCACUUUAUGAAUUUUUUCAGUCAGGAUAGAACAGAACGUUGAACUCCCAUUCACAGCAUCAGGUAACUGUGUGAAUCGUGUUGUGAUACUGUUUUAGAGAUUAUUUCUUCUUCCUUCUUGCGUCUUGCAUUUCUGUUCUCCUCUGCUGAUUGUGCUUCCUUUCUCCUUGUCUGUGAUGCUUUCCUUCUGGCUAACACAUGGCAGUGUGUGCACUUCCUCCUACAGCCACCAUCUCAGCAUCACACUGGAGUCUUUGCUGAAGAAGCAAGCUCCUUCACAAGGUUUUCUUGAGAUGAAGAGCAAGGGGAUUACAUAGUUAUAUUUUACAAGUUGAUUUUUCGGUUCAGCAUAAGAUAGAAAAAAAACCAGUUUCCUCAUUGAUUUUUAUUGAAGACUUUGUAAAAGUACCUGAAUGUUGAUUCUCUGUUGUGCAGGUGGAGUUAACACUUUCAGGUAUCUGUAAUAAGUUGAUGUCAGGAAAUGAAGUUAAGAUUCAGAGAAGUUAUUUUGUGGCUUAGAUUAUGAUGCUUAUUUUAAAAUUAUGCAUCUUGAGACAUCAAAUGUCUUAACGUGGCGUUUUAGUAUAUUGAGAAUGUUAUUAGGAUAGUAAAAGGGCUGGGGGUAUAUUCUUUAAAUGUCAUCAGUGUAGCUCUGUGAGGUAUGCCAAAGCUAAUUUUUCACCUGUUACAGCUGCCAAAAUCCUGAAGCAGAAAAGAUGCCAUAAGGAUGCUGGAGUUUAUUUUAUUGUAGUAGCCCACCGGUAUGUGCCCCUUCAUACUGGUGUGGUGGCAUACACAGGAGGUGAGGUUUGCUGUUUCAGCUGUGCUGGCAUAGUCAAAUGAACAGAGUUUCCCUGUCUAAGUUCUUAGUCUGAAGCACUAGGGCUGUUGCCUUGUCUUGUCUUAUGUAGAUUACAAGAUCUUUGAUCAAGGAUUUGAAGUUUAGAUUUCUGUAUGAGGGAUAUCUUUUUUGCGCUGGGGGGAGAGGGUUUAAAUCCAAAUGUGGACUUGGAUUUUGAUUUUGCAAUGCAUGAAUGCACAAAGCUUCUUUUAAAAGCGUCUGUGCUAUGCUAAGAGCUGUGCAACUUGCUCACACUACAGAUAAAAUGAUCACAAAGGAAGUGAAAGCACGAUGGUCACCAUUUCAAAAGUCCCUGCUGGCCAGCAGUAACCUGGAUGGUGUGUGAGAGUGUAUUUAAUUUACACUAGACUCCCAAGGUCUGAUUGCCUUAGAAGUAACCCAUAUCCUUGAUGAAGGUGUCAGAACUCACCUGGGAAGCACCAGCCAGGGGCAGGUGAAGGACCAGUGCUUAAGCUUAAUAUAUUAUUUGUGGUGUUGUGUUUUAGGUCUUAGAGUUACACUGCGUGUUAUUGAGCACCCCCUCGUAUUGUCUACCUGUGAAAUAGGCAGCACACCCAAGAACCUGCAGGUGAAAUGGUUUCCUUGAUUCAAUAUGCAAAAGAGAUCUUUGUCUUUGCUGUGUUCUGUAAAUUUGUGUGCAAAGGGCUUUGACAAUGAAGUGCUGUGAUGAAAGUGCUUUUUAGAGAGCAAUGUGACACUGCAGGUUGGCCGUCUCGCUGUGCAUUAAGUUUUAUGAUAGCAUUAAUGACACUGAAGCUGGUACUUAGAGCCCUUACUCCUUACUCUGCCUGAGUUUGGGACUAGUAGUGACUUCAGGUUUGCUUUGCUGCUGCUGCUCUGCUAAGGUUACCUUCUUUAGUAAGAGAUAUUUCUUUACUAUGGUGAUUGAAGUGAACAAAACCAACUGAAAGGAGUUUGAGACAUUGCAAAAGGCACUUCAAAAAAGAUGGGAAAGCACUUGAGGAGCAUCCAUAUGUUGAUAGAAAUAGUGCAAAUCCCUCUUUUUAGUUGCAAGAAAUCCUUUUGGAGAGACAAAAGGAUAAGCAAAACUGCAUUUACAGUUAAUCUGUAAUUACAGGGUCACAGACAUUUCCUUUCCAUUGUUUGCUUCAUGUAGAUGAGCAAUGUAAAUUCACUGUAAUAAGUGCAGUCUUACUGUGUUUAGAUUUUGAUUGCUUAUAAAUCUAUAGCUACUAUAUUUUUUUAAUGAUUUUAAGAAGUGUGUGCAGGAUACUUGCACGUAUGCACCAAAGGCCCAAUCUUGCCACAUUUAUCUGAAAAGAGCCCCCAUUCAGGUGGGUGGGUAUUUUAUUUGUGUAGGGACUGCAGAAACAGGCCCAGAUAUUUCUGUGAAGGUGUACAUAGGUGUACAUUUAGAUAUAAGGAGUGAUUCACAAGCCAGAAAGAUGAUUAAUGAAAUGUAUAUAUAUAAAAUAGUCCUUGAGAUGAAGUGCAUAUCGCAGCAUGCUCACAUUCUGAUUCGUUUUUCAGGUGUUGCUCAAAAAAUGAUUGCAAAACUAUGGCAUUUGUCAGAAAUGCCAUGUGCAGAAGGGCUUUUGCAGAAAGAAGGACCCUCCUUGUUUUCUGCCAUCAUUCUUUUCUGUGCAGAGCAUAAGAAAAUUUUCUUUCGACUGAGUCAAGCAUUUGUCUGAGUUUGGGGCCGUUUUUGUUUUCCCUUCUCCCAUGCAGUCAAAGCUCCAAAUAUCCAAUCCUAGCCUUUGAACAACUGGAUACUUGACUGAUAAGAAGUGUGUUUUUGCUGCUGUCAGGUGUGUUUGCUGCAAGUAAAGGAUGUCUGUAGCACUUUGUGCUUUCCCAGAGGAAAGGCUUCAGGCCGCAGAGAAAUCCCCCCCACCAAUAAUUCUGAUCUGUCCAUGAAGAAAGGCUGUCAGCUGUCUGGUACCACAUCCUGAGCUUGAGCUGUAAUCUCAGCUCUGCUCCUGAGGAUAUGAAGCCUGAGACAGGGAGAGAGAAAAUGUUGUAGUUUAAUCCCCAAUUCCUCACAUUAUUUAGGAGAAUCCCUUAAGAAGUUCCUGAUAUCUGCGUACACUGGCAAUGCAAGUUCAGUUGGAAUUCAUAACUAGGAUUGCUUUGACUUUAUUGUCAGGUCAACAGAGGAGGCUUAUGAAUCUGGCAGUGCUGUCAUCAAAGGGAAGGAAGUAUUUAGCUGGAAUAGUUUAGCUGAUUGCUUUUGAUUUAUGAAAUCCAACUUUGCUGUCGGACAGAGCGGCAUCAAUGGCGAUAGGGCCAUUAUAAUAUUUUAGCAUAUUUCCUGUGAUUGCAACAGAGCUGCCAAAGCCAGCUCAUGAAUUGCAAAAGGGAGAACCACGCCGUGACAGCUCCUCCUGCUGCUGUCUCCAAGAGGAGAGGCACUGUGCUGAGUAGGCCUGUGGUCUCCUGGAGAAACAAUGUGAAGGGAGCAUGGGAGACUGCAAGCACAGAGCUGCUCCAGAGCCUUUAGUGCUGUGGAAUAACACGACACAGACGACAGAUGAACUUUCACAGCUUGCAGCAAUCAGGGGUAGCUCCUCCAGUCCUGCAAAAAUCUACCCUCUUGCAGCCUCGGCUGAUGGUGGAUUAAAGGUGACUCGGGAUGGCCAGAUGUAGUAGAUGGAAAGAAACCAGCUCUGAGAAUAGUCCCCGCUGUGGGAGUUUGGUGAAUCAGUGGAAGUGUUGCUCAAGCCUUGAAGGCAGGAGCGCUGGUGGUGACGCAGCUGCGUGGGUGGGCUGCCCGUGCUCAGCCCUCCCUGGCAGUGAGGAGCAAUCUCUGCUUUGUCUGGGAGGGAAACUGAGGUUUCAAAAAGCACAGAGGUGGAGAGGGAAGGAAUCUGUCCUUUCUGAUCUUCUGAGCCCAGGUGGCUUGUCUGCUUGGGUAGCGAACGUGGAGCGCUCUGAAAUGGGCCUUUUUCCUGACCUCACUCGCAUUUGAGUGUGCAGAGAGCCUUGGAGCUUUUGUAAGUACAGGAAAAAGGAAAUAGUGAAAUUCGGCAAUCCCUAGAGGGUCAAGUUCCCUGGGAAAUUCUGGAGUGAGCUGAGGUUUCAGUUCACUCCAGAGAAGUCAGUUUUUACGCUUAGGGCCUUUACAAAAUCCACUGAAGCAUGUGGAAAUUUUGGUGUGCUCCAGAAAUGGGCCUUAAUCACGGGCAAGAAAAGCAGCCUCUUGUUUCCCCCUCACUUGAUUUCAGACACACUUUUUAAUAUGCUUUAGAGACAUAAAGUGUCUCUAAACACUAAAUAGAGACAUUUAGUGCAGCCACAAUACCACGUUUUUAAUGGUGUGAGUAAAGAACAAGCUUCUCUGGAAGCAGAAGUGUUGUGACUGUCACUCUCCCAGAUUUCAUCAAUUUAUCUUUUCAAACUCAUCUAUGCAAAGCAUUUCAUCGUGGUAGUUGUAAAUCAUACAUGAGCCCUCUGUACCUGACAGUUUGUGUGAAAACCACAGGCCUCAGGAAAAGAGGGGUUUUUUCUGCUUGCUUUAAAAUACCAGCGUGGAAUUUGUCAGUGGUAUGAAUGUGUUCAGGGCAGGAUGCAGCCCUCUACCUUUGAAGCUACCACAAUAUUCACAUUUGGGUUCAGCAGAAAGAGAAUUCAAGCCUUAUGUCUGUGCUUGUAAGUCAAGACAGUGACCUGCAUCUCCCAAAAAAACCUCCCAGAUUAUCAUCAUUUUGUGUCUUGUUAUCAUCCUGUCUAAUGUGGGUGAGCCUGCUUGGCAUCCUGUGUUGUCUGCAUGGUAUUAAAAAGAAAAAAAAAGAAACAGAAAAAAAAAAAAAAAAAAGAAAGGAAAAAAAUGAUUCAAAAUUGAAAUUGUACUUAAGUGCUUUUUAAAAUAAACUUAAGAUAAAUCCAAAUGUACAAGAGGCGUUAGGUUGUCCCAGGCUGUCAGCACCUCCAAUGCUCCCCAAAGCUCUGAGCAUCCAAGAAAUGUCAGAAGUGAGGGACUGGGCCAUAGUGGGAAGCCGAAAGAAAGACAAAUCUGCCUCAGUGCUUCAAGGAUUGAAAGAUGUAAAUAUGUUACCAAUGUGUCUGACUUUCUAUUUAGAAGCCAUAGAUGUUCUCAGUGUUUGAUCUUUGGGUAAGCUGAUGUACAUUUUUAACUGUACUAAUCACUGUAAAAUCUGUUAGCAUGUAAAACAGUGACAAAUUAAGCCAGAAAAAUCAGAUACUGUGUUGGCUGCUUCUCGAGAUGUUUGUUGUACCUGGAACUGUCUGAUGGACCAAGACACUGAAGUAUCUCCAGUGCUCCAUAUGACUUGUGAAGACUCUGGAUAUUGCCUUAGCAGUGUGGAAAAGGCAGAAUUAAUUCCUAUUUGUUGACCUUGUGUUGGCCAAGUGAUACACACUCUUGUGCAUUAGAGCCUGUCCCCUUAGAGAUAAGGAAAGGAGGAAAACUCCCUUCCCUGUCUGGGACAGGACUCAAAUCUGGUGAUUUUUGCUUCAUUUUUGGGCCUUGCUCUCAACCAUGAGGUUCCUGAUCAAGCCUCUGCAUUGAGCCCAUGUAAAGUGUACUGAACAGCUGCUGCCUCUUGAAUAUACCCCUGGUUUUCACCUGGUGGGAAACAAAUGCUUAGUUUGGGAAUACUGGAGCAAAACUUUGUGUCUUCAUUUUAGGAGAGCUCGGGCUGUGACAAAAAUAAAGCUGUUUUAUGUUUGUUGUUUCUGUAAGCCAGGGACAGCGGGGGUGGAGAAAUCCAUGCAGAGUAAUGUUGGUUUUAUGAUGAUGUUAAUCUCUUGUAUCCUUUGACUGACCUUUAUUUUGUCAACCUUACACCCUGUAAUUUUGGCUUAUUAUUGUUUCUGUAGCUGUACUAUGGUUGUGAUAGAAAGCCUAUCAAUUGCUGUAAGCCAUAACUAGAACAGUAAUCAGGGUUUUUUUGGGUUUUUGGUUCUUUUUUGGUCUGUGUCACUGUGUUUGAAAGAUGGUUUAAUUCUAUUGAAUAAACAAACCACUUUAACAGUUUUCUGGGAAA